AUGGCUCACUCGUGCCCGGACUGCGCCAAGAGCUUCCGCGACGCCAGCGGGCUGCGGAGGCACGUGAGCUCCGUGCACCUGAAGGAGCGGCCCUUUCGGUGCCAGCAGUGCGAGGACACCUUCGGCACGAAAUGGUCUCUGGAGCGGCAUGUCAGGAUCCGCCACGAGAACCUGAGGCCUCACCGCUGCGAGCUGUGCGAGGCGAGCUUCCACCAGGCGGGCGACCUCAAGAAGCACCUGGAGAGCCACGCCAAGCGACGGAAGCUGGGGGUGCCCCGCGAGACCACGGUUGCAAACUGGCUGGAGGGGGCGGACGUCAGCUUCGAGAGGGGCGUCAGGGUGGACUUCCGGGACGGCGAGGAGCCCCUCUUCGCCCGCGUCGACUUUCUGGUGCGGCAGCCCUGGGGCCUGGUGGCGCUGGAGGUCGACGAGCACCAGCACAAGCUGCGAGACACGGAGAGGGAGGCCCGAAGGAUGCGGCGGAUCCGGGCUGCCCUGUCGCUGGCCAAGGUGGUGCGCUACAACCCGGACGAGUUCACCGUGGACGGCCGGGCGGGGGAGGUCACGGCCAACGAGCGCCACCGCAGGCUGCUGGACUCCCUGGCGGCGGCUCCGGAGGCUGGCUUCGAGGAGGUGCGCCUCUUCUACGACGAGGGUCCCGAGGCCACAAGCGCCACGGGAAGCGCCGGUGUGCGAUGA